AUGGAGAGUUCUGUGAUCCUGGGUUGUCUUCUGGUGCUGGUUUGCUCCUUGAUGCCAUGUGGACUGUGCGCUGACAAGGAUCAGACUCCGGACUUCUGCCAGCUCAGUCCGGACUCGAAUCCCACUUGCAUGGCCUACAUGCCACAGUAUUUCUAUAAUUCUACAUCUCAAGAAUGUGAAGAGUUCAUUUAUGGAGGCUGUGGAGGAAACCAGAACAGGUUUGGGUCAAAGAAGAAGUGUUUGGAGACCUGCUAUCGUCCUGCCGUCACUGAGAAGGUGAAUUUAGAUUCCACUCUUCUAAAAUACAAAGGAGCCUGUAACUUACCUGCAGAGUCUGGACCAUGCAUGGGAUACAUGCCCAUGUAUUUCUACAACGGUACCUCUGGACAAUGUGAAAUAUUUAUAUAUGGAGGCUGUAAAGGCAAUGCAAACCGAUUCAAAGAUUCAACUUCUUGUCAGAUGUAUUGUCGAGCUGUUCCUCCACUCAAUUCAACUGAGGUGUGCAACCUCCCCCCAAAGACAGGGCCGUGUAAUGCUCUUUUCCACAAACUUUACUACAACCCAGAAACUCAGAGAUGUGAGCCCUUUAUCUACGGCGGCUGUGAAGGAAACGCAAACAACUUUGACUCAGCUGAAGCGUGUCAGUUUGUGUGUCAUCCCGACGGCAGCGACGUGAUUACUCCACUUGUUGCAACAGGCAGAGCAGUCGAUGAAUGUUCAGUGGCACCUGAAGCUGGUCCUUGUCGCAUGAAUUUGCCAAGGUUCUUUUACAACUCCACUUCUCAGAAAUGUGAAUUAUUCACAUAUGGAGGUUGUGAUGGAAACAAAAACAGAUUUGUGUCGGAGAGAGAGUGUCACCUAAACUGUCCUUUCAGAGGCCCUCGGAUGCGCACUGUCGCACAACCAGAAUCUAAUGUUUGUCUCCUUCCAUCAGACCCAGGUCUGUGUAAGGCGCACGUACCACGCUUCUACUUCAACACAAUCACUAAAAACUACGACAUCCAUUAG